AUGAGCAAGGCUGCCGCCCGCGUCAAGCGCUUCGACGAGGUGGACUCAGAUAGCGACUUUGAGUUCCGAGAAGAAUCAUCAUCCGUGAAGGUGAUGCCGACGGUGAGCUUCAAGACGGCCACGGCAACCACCGACUCGGAUAGCAUUUCGUUCCACUCUGACCACGACCGCUCGCAGCACUUGGAGAACGUCGUGGCGCCGGCCACUAAUCGUCAAGAGGGAUCACCGCGACCGACAGUGCAUCCCACAAAGUCACUGGCGUCAGUACUGAAGCAGGCGUCCUCUGUGGCCGUUGCGAAGCGCGCACCGCCAGCGCCAGUCGUCAACGGCAAACAAGGGGCCACGGAACAACCACCGCAGCAGCAGCAGCAGCAGCAGCAGCAGCAGCAGCAGACAUCUGCACCACUAGUAUCCGUGCCGGAGCACCAGAGGUCGGCCGCGGCGCCUGCGGCAGCGCUAGCAGUUCCCGCCGCCUCGACACCGAUCGAGCGUCCCUCGUACGCCUCCCUGCCAUCGCAGCCUACCCCGCUGGCCAAGCCGCCCAAGGACUCCGUUCCGUCCCCGUCAGUGAUUCCAUUCUGCGUGACAGCGCACGCGUCGCGCGUGGACCCGGCGCCGGACCACGAUGAUGACGACGACGACCCAGCAAGCGACGAGUUUGUGCAACACGUACUGCCGCUUCCUCCGCGCCAGGCAGCAGCGAGGCAACCACCUCCGACCUCCUCCACAUCGCAAGUGUGGGCAAACAGCACCAACGGCGUCGCCAACACCCCACGGCCGCGGCCGUCUGCAGCGGACAACGCGACGGAAGAGCUCCUCGUCCGAGCGCAGUUGCGACUGGAGGAGCGGCGCCGCAUGAGUAUGCCCAGUCAGCGAGGAAGCCGGCAGCUCAGCCCGUGGCGUAGCGCUGCUCCGAACCCCGUGAACACGCUGUUCCGCGAGAGCCUGCCGCGACCGUCGGUGAAUCGCAUCUCGCCCGCCAGGUCUGUUGACCCCCGCAUACGGCGGCUGCAGCAGGAAAACGCGCGUCUGCAAGACGAGGUGGCCUUCCUCGGGCGGGAGAAUGAAAAGCUGCGCGGCGUACAACGUAGUGCCGACGCGUCGGAGGCGGUGCGGCUGCAGCUCACCGUCGACAUGCUGCGCAAGGAGCUAGAGAGCAAGCAGCUUGGGUUCCAGCGCACACUGGACGCGACCUUUGCGGAGCUGAAGGGGACACAGCGGCAGAUAGAGGAGGCGGCAGAGCAGUGCGAGGGCUACCAGUGCGCUGCGGAGCAAUACAAGCAGCUCUAUAGCGACAAGCAAAAGGAGAUGGAAAAGGUGAAGACGCAGCUGCAGUCGCUCCUCUACGACGUCAACGCGAUGGAGCAGCACCAGCGCGCCACGGAGUCCGAGUACGCGGAUAAGGCGGCCAGCGAACGGGAGAAGGCGGAGAGGGCCGUGGCGCUGGCGGAGGAGGUUAAGCGGCAGCGUGACCACCUGCAGUUUCUCAACACACAGUUCCGGAAUGAGGUGUCGGCGGCGGUGGAAGCGAAGCGCCAGGCUGUUGAUCAGGCGGCCAGCGCGAACGAUACCGCUCGCCGCGAUCGCGCUGACUACGAGCAGCGCAUACAACAGCUCAAUGAAGACAUUGUGCGGCUCAGGAAGGCGCUGGCUGACAAGGACCGUGCCCAUGAGGUUCAGCUGCGUGAGGCGCAGCAGGCGCAGGCAGUGCUGAAGGACCGGCUGAAGGACCAGGCCGAGGAGCAGCAGCGCGAGGCGGAGCGUAACCACCGCACCUUGGAGGUGACCAAGGAGGAUCACAAGCGUGCGCUGCAGCAGGAGAGGAUGCGGCGUGCCGAGAUGGAGGAGCGGCUGCGGCGGAUGGAGGAAGAAGGACGUUCCACGCAGUCCCGCUACACAGCCUCUCUCAGCGCCGAGGCGGAGAGCCGCGUGCGCAAGCUACGCGACGAGAUGCAGGCGGAACGCCUUGCCAGGGAGGCCGCGGAGCGCGAGGCGGCGCGGCUCGCCACUGAGGCGGAGCAGUUGCGUGACUCAGUGACAUACUACCAGCAGGAGAGUCAGCGCAUGUCGACGAGCUUCGCGCAGUCGGAGCAGCUGCGCGAAAAGACGGAGCGGCAGUGUGCGUCGCUGACGCACACGCUGGAGGACAUGAUGGCGCAAGAGGAGGCUCAUGUCCGGGAAAUUGGGCAGCUGCAGGAGGCCAUCAGUGCAGCGGCGCAGUGGGGCCCUGGCGUCGCUGCUGGUCGUGGCUUUGAUGCCGACGGCCUCGUCAGCGACUUGCAGCAGCUCUCCGACGAAAACGAGCGCCUCACGAGGGAGUGCACACGGCUUGCGGACGAGCGGAACACGCUGAUUGACGAGAACGGCCGGAUUGCGGAGGAGCUGCUCAAGUGGAAGCACGAAAUGCGGCAGUACGUGGCAUCGCACGUGCGCACCGCCUCCUCGGAGCAUGGCCCAUUGAACUCGGUCCCGGCAUCAUGA